GUCGAACGAUUGAAGAGAUCAUCAUUACAGAGCGAAGGUCUCUCGAGAGGUACCACAACUGUCGAAGAAGCUGCAGGGAGAAUAUCCACAACACUGAAGCUUAGUGAGGCUCUUGACGGUGCAUUCUAUGCUCAGGAAUCUACAUGUGAAACGGUUGAGUUCAAAAAGAAGGUGUUCACUGAAAUGGAUAAAUACGCAUCUUCUGACGUUAUACUCGCGAGCAGUACUUCGACUAUACCAGCCUCAAAGUUUACCCAAGAUCUCAAAUCUCAAUGCAUUGUGGCGCAUCCUGUCAAUCCUCCACUCUAUCUGACGCUUGUGGAAAUGGUACCCGCUCCGUGGACCCACAAUCGAGUCGUUCAGAAGGCAUGCGAAAUCAUGAAGAGCAUUGGACAAGAGCCUGUUCAUCUCCAUCAUGAAGUGCUUGGUUUUGCUGUGAAUCGCCUACAGUACGCUUUACUGGCUGAAGCAUGGAGGCUUGUUGCCGAUGAUGUACUUUCGCCUGAAGACGUUGACAAGGUAAUGAGUGCAGGAUUAGGCCCACGCUAUGCAAUCCAUGGACCAUUACAAACAGUGCAUCUCAAUGCAAACGGAGUUCGGGACUACUUCACUCGCUACGGUGAUGGUAUUCGAAGAGUUUUGGCCGAUCAAGGUCCAAUGCCCACAUUUGAAGAAGCACCUGUGCUAGAGAAGUUAGAGAAGUUCCUCAACGGCAGUAUGCCGCUUGAUCAACUUGCGGAGAUGAAAGCAGAGCGCGAAAGGAAUUUGGCACGGCUGGCCAGUCUCAAGAAGAAAAUUGAUUGA